AUGUUCUCAGGGAAGCACACGCCCCAGGAGCGACUCAGGCCAGGAGUGCUGGGAGAGCGGCUUCUCGGUUCUUCUCCCUUCCUGAGGGAGACGUGCUUGGCUCUGCCUGACCGAGGUGAGCGCCAUCAGGCCGCGGAGGGCCCCCUGCCCCUUGGUGCUCUGGGCGCAUCAUCCGGACACCUCCACCCUCAGCCUGUGUGCUUACAAAAUCUCCGCCAGCAAGCCCACCGCCCGGAUCUGUGCGCCUGGCCCACAGGUCACAGAGCGACGACCAGGCCUCUUGGGUUCAGGCAGCCCGGCUGUGGCCCUGGAGACCCGAGGGAGGGCUGGACAGGGGGACUGAGCACGUGGACGCCUGUCCUCCAUGAGCACUGCAACAGAAGGCGCCAGAUUCCUUCUUGCUCAUCGGUAUUUCCUCAUUUUACCAUAAUAAGUAAGAGAACGCUUUUGUUUCCCAGUGUGCUCACUGUAGAGACACAGUGUUCCCGGAGGCCUGUGGGCAAAUGGGCCGCCGCCUGCAGCCGGCCGCGGGGGCCCCGGGGAGGUGACGCUGGAAGAAAACACUUCAGCAAUUCAAGAAGCCACCAGCCAGGAUACUCUGAGAGGCCAGACUCAUUCGAGCAAGAUAGCCGACCCGGGAGGCGGGAGUCUGAGCGUUCGAGUGGCCUCGGCCUCAGCGUGGCCCUCACGCCAUUGGAAGGAGACCCGGGUCUAGCAUGCAGAGGGAAGAGGGGCUGUGCAGGGGAUUUCGCUCCCAGGGGAUGGGCUGGGACGGGUGCCCACGUCCCAGGGCCCGGAGGGCACAGGACCCGACACGCUCGCAGGCUCUGGCGGGCAGCACUUUCCACCCAGGCCGAGGGGCGACCCCUCAGGGCCUAACAAGAAGGUCUGGAAGCCGAGCAGCUUGGCUGAGUGCUGUUUUGAAGGGGAAAGAGAGCAGUUCCCGAUCACAGUCCUUUGUGUUACUAGCGGUACUGGUAUUAAAAGGAGGCCAGCCAUCCACAGUCUCUUCACUUGAGAAUGCCGUCCUAAUCUCCUCGUGUCUCUGUCCCUUCCUUCUCGAGGCCGUGCACCGGGCUCCAGGACGGCGUGCUGUGUCCGCCCUGCCCCUGCGACCCUGCACACCUCAGCACAGGGUCUGGGAAGGCGGCCCACGCCUUCUCUCUCUAACCACAGGCUGGGGCCUCUCCACGUGGAGCCUCCCCUC